AUGGGGUUCCAUCUGCAAUUCAUCAUCCUCGCUGUUGCUGUUCUAAUCCCUAUGUUUGCAAUUCGCUUCUACCCUUCUCGUCCGCCUCGCAUUGCCUCCACUGAUGAUCAGAAGCUGAUCAACCCAGUUCAAGAUUCUGAAAUUUUUGACGAAGUCUUCCUGUACCCAGACGUCUUCUUGCAUAAUUACGCUCUAAUGGAGGAGCAUUUCAAGAUCUUCGUGUACCCAAAGAAAGACGAAGAGAUUUUUUAUUAUAAUGAGAGGAACAUUCACGGGAUGUUUUCCAGUGAAUUGUUCUUCCACUACAGUCUCUUAGUCGCUGACAGAUUUGCUACAUGUGAUGAAAGCGAGGCCAACAUGUUUUUCAUUCCCCUUACUUGGUUCCAAAUUCUUGGCAAGGGAGUUUACGCUAAUGGUGAGAAUUAUGUUUGGUACCUAAUUAACGAGUACCCUUACUGGAAUCGAACUAAAGGUCUCGAUCACUUUUUUGUGACUUGCCAUGACACUGGGGCAAGACUAUCUGAAAGAGUUCCACUGAAUGAUUCAAUAGCAGCCUUGUGUUCAGCAAGUUAUGAUUCCGGACAUGACAUACACCGCAAGCACCACCAUAUAACCCUCCCCCAGAUAAGACUGCCAUAUGUUUCUCCAGAAAAAAUGUCUGCAUUGUACCUAAUUAACGAGUACCCUUACUGCACAGUGCAUCCGUAUCGCUAG